UGUAAGAAAUUUAUUCACUUGUUUUUAGCUUACUUAUUGUAGGCAUAUUUUUGAGUUUAUUAAACACUGUCGUUUUUGGAUUCUGGACGAUUUAUCAAUCAUCCUUCAAAGUCCAGUAGUCAUGUUGUCCUCAGAUUUAAAGUCAAUGAAAAGAGCUGAAUUACAGAAGCUGGCUAAAAAACAUGGAAUAAAAGCAAAUUUGAAGACUGAUGGAAUUAUUGCAGCGUUGCAGUCAGUAUUCGAUGCAGAAAAAGAAAAUGCAAAAACACCUGAUACUUCACUGGUAGCACAAUCAAAAACACCAGUUAAUGUGUUUCCAACUCCGCCAUUAGACGAAGCAGAAGAUUUGUUCUCAGUCAAACCACCAUGGAAUAAUAGCGAUUUAAUGUCUUUUGACUCUACCCCAGAACAAGAUAGCAAGAAUGACAAAUCUUUGGAAGCAAUUCCUGAAACUGGAACAAGAACAAGAAGUUCAUCUGGGAAGAGGACCCCUAAAAUAUCUAAUGAAUCGAAGGAAUCUGCAACAAAAACGUACAGCGUGGAAAAGGUUAAAACAAAAUCAAGAACAGGGCAAUCAAACAAAAUUGCUCCCACUUCUGGCAAGAAAACACCUAAAGUUUUGAAGCGUCGAUCUUCAAAUGCAGUUGAAACUAUACAGGCUAAAAAACCGAGGAAGAGUGGAUCAAAUACUGACCAAGAAUCUGUAGAUGAAAAAAGUGAAGCAAUCGACAUUGAUCUUCAGAAUGAAAUUAUGAAUGAAAUAAGAAAAAAAAUUGAUGCAACAGGUGAAAAAAGUAAAUCUGGUGGUAGUGAUUCUUUUGCAAGUAGAAUUCCAAGAUUUACUGCAUCAGGUGUUACUAUCGGAACAAGCAAGCCUAUUACACCUGGAAAUAAAGACUGGAAUAAACUACACAAUAAAAAAUUCGACAAACUAGAAUCCAUUGAUGAUUAUGAGCGAAGAAAAAAAGUGCGAGCAGAAAGAUUACUCGGUUCCAACAAGAAAAACAAUGCAAGUCUGAGCAAACUGGCACAACCAGUGAAAAGGAGUAGGUCGAAAAUUGUUAAACCAGUUGUUCAAAAAGGUCGUCCAAAGCCUGCGUUCAUGUCGCCUGCUGUCCAAAGCGGAAACAGGCACACACCCAAAACACCAAAAUCCAUCAUGAAGGACUCAAAAACGGACAAUAAAACUGCAAGCUGGAAGACACCAAAAGGUAACAACGUCUCGGUAUUCAAACCUACUGUCACAUCAACGAACAAAUUAAAUUUGAAUUUUGCUCAAAAAUCUGCAAAAGCUGCAACACCAAAAAGAGUCACUAUUGUUUCAGAUCAGGGCGAUAAAAAGCAAACAUAUAUAAAAACACCUGCAGCAGUUUCAAGAACUAAAUCUAUGAUCACACCUGGAGAAAAACAAAAAUCUUUAGUUGGGACUCCGGCUGCUCUUUCAACUUCACUGAAUAAUAAUCUGAACACUCCUACCAGCACUAAGAAAAAUCCAUUUGAUCUCAAGGAGAGUUUGAAAAAACCAUUGUCAUGGGUUCCACACAAAGGCCCUUUACGUCCAUUCAAUGACACAUCGAAGAAACCAAAGUUCCAAGAUCGAAUAAAUGAUGUAAAAAAGUCAAACAUUGGCACAAGGGAUAAAAGGAAGCAGAGAGCGGCCGCUGCGAAGAAGCAUGCUAAAGAUGAGAGAAUGAUGAUGAGGCGUGGAAUAAAAUGAAGCUUAUGCUAAUUUUUAUGAUUUUAAAACAAGCUUAUUUAAGCUUUUACUGCCUUGGAAUGUUAUGUUCAAUUUCCUGCCUGUUUUUAUUGUUGCUACAUGAUCUCAUUGUUCUUAUAUUCAUUCAUCAGUGACUGAGUUACAGUUCUCAGUUUUCUCCUGGAAUCCAUAUCAUACUUGCCUGUCUCUUAAAAUAUGUCUUGUGUCCUAUAUUUUUAUAGUAUAUGGUUUUUAGAGAUGGUACAAACUAACCCCAUUGGUUAAUCUUAUUGGUCUUAAGUUUGGCCAAUCCUAAAUUACAAACGACAAUUAAUUCCAUUUUAUAUUUUUUGAAAUGCUUAUUUUGUUGCAGAGUGACUAUGGUGUUUUUGGUUACCUUGUCAUUUGCGGCAUUCAUUGUUAUACAGAAAUGGUUGUAAUAUGCCUUUUUAUUCCCUUUUGGGGAAUAAAAUAUAUAAUACUUCUUCUUUUGUAUUCUUUCAUUAAUGGGAAACUUUGUAAAUACCACAUUCAUUCAUUGUAAUAAAGUCAUAUUUGGUUUUCA